CAUCAGGGCGAUGUUGUUGACGUGUUUGACAAUCUCAGACAGUAACCAGUUCUUGAUUUUGGAAUGUAUGUCAUUAUUAGGACUGACGGUGGCUGACAUAUCUGUGUUUUGUGUUCGUGUUACUGAAGGGCGAGGGAACAGUUGCCUGACCUGGGCUGAGUAAGGCCCGUUGAUUGAUGUCUGUUGGUGGAGGUAGUGUACACCAUGAGCUGGUGGGACACUAGUGGGCUGACCAGCUUUGCCUCCAAUGUGGUCAAGAGUGCCCAGAAGAAAAUAGAUAAAGUUUUGGACAUUGAUGAAGAGCGAGUUGCAGCUGCACCCCAGAGUUCAUCCAGCGUUAUAAAGGGUGGGGAGAGUGAGGGUGACUUCUGGAACACAUGGCUUGGUUCCCCAGGUGACAAAAAGCAGGAGAAGCCUUCUAGAGCUAGCAAAUCACCAACAUCAAAGGAUUCGUCAAGGAAGAAGGGUGCAUCCCGUUCCUGGACGUCAUGGGGCAUUGAGGAGAGUGGGACUGAGGCGGAACAACUCACCACCCAGGGGAUCAGCCUUAGACAGGAGACAAUUUCGACCCCGAGGGGGAAUCUGAGAAGGAGUGGAGGUAAGCUCAGUACAAAGACCACUGGAGAGAAAACAAGCGAGGCAGAGACGAAGGUUCAACAUGGGAUGGGUAAGGAGUCUGGGACCACAGGGAGUGAUGGACUUAGCCAGAGGGUAAGCCCAAGCCCUGAUGGCAGCAAACAAGGUACUGAAAGUGAUGUGACAAUUGCAGGCCAUUGUGAUGUUAAAGGCACAGAAGACAGUUUGGUACCUCAUGAGUCCACAGCCAUGUGGAUGGGAGAGGAUGACAACACUGGUGGUUGAGCCCCUCAGAGAGGGGGCAGUGAUGAGAAGACCAGAAUGCAUCAGCAUUCAGCAGAAUUAGAGGGGGAUGACCAUGUAAUGUCAGCCAUCCAGGAGAGGGAUGUGUGCCUACAGGAGCCAGAUUCCCAAAGCCUAUCUGACAGGACUGAAGAGGCAUUAGGACAGGUGGACAUGUCAGAUACCCAGAACCAUUCUGACAGGAGCGAACAGGUAUCAGGGCAGUCUGAUAUAGGUCAGACUGCGGAGCCAAAUGUGACUCAGACUUCUGACGUAGAAGGUAUUCCUGAAAGGGGCUUAACAGAAAACAUGUUGUAUGAAACAGCCCAAGAUACACCUGAAAUUGGUUUAAUAGAAAAUGUAGCGAAGGCUGAUACAGCCGAAGAUACUCUUCAAACUGGUUCAUUGAACGAUAUGCAACAAACAGACUGCGAAAAAGAUUUGUCACAGGUGAAUGAAGAUCUCUUGUCUUUUGAUACAUCAAAACAGUGUCGUGAGGGUGAAACAGUAGGAGGCUUGUUGUCAAGUGACACACCUGUCCAUAAAGUGGAUGGUGUGACUGUAUUGAGCAUGGGUCAGAAUGGCUCGUCAGAACACAGACAUAGCAAUGAUAGGGGAGGGGAAUCACCAGGUAUUAUAGAAGAGAGUUUGCCUCAGGUUGCCUCCACAAAGAAUACAGAAGAGCCUCCAGUUGUACUCAUGGAGGGUACGCCCAACACAACAGGUACAGAAUGUGACGGUGAAGAGUGUGUAAAGACAGAUACUCACCUGGAAUGUAUACCUGAGACACCUGGGUUAGAGGAUACAGGUGAUACAGAUGCAUUAGCUGUGAGGACUGAGGCUGGCGCUGAGGCAAAUUCAGUGAGUGAUGACCUCAUUACCCAAGGACAUACAGGUAGUUCUGCCUCCCAGGUUUGCCAGGAUGAGGGAAGUGCAGAGGCCCCACCCAUCAUUACACAAGUGACAGGUAUGUUGCUGAGUGUUGCUGACCAGAUACUGGACAGGAGUGCCAGUACUUCCAGCUCUAUGGAGAUUGUGUCAGAGACUGAGAUGGAACAGAGUAAAGAUAGCAAGGUAUCUGGAGAAGGGAUGGUCAUGGAUAUUGAUGUUUCUGGUCCCACCCCACUAGGUGGCGCUGCAGUACAACAUGAGCAAUCUGACAGCAUUCUAGACACUUUUGCCUCUGUAGAAACUGUGGCUCAUCGGGAGGAAGACAACUCUGUUCCCUCCUCACCAGGUGGCGCUGCAGUACAACAUGAGCAGUCUGACAGCAGCCUGGAUACAUGCGCUUCUGUGGACACUGUUGUACAUCGUGAGGGAGAUAACUCUGAUGAGAACAUGGAGGAUGAGAGUCUGGAGAAGGAGACAGAAUUGUCUGCCAGUGAUGGCUGCUCCAUGACGGUGAGCUCAUCUAGUUCCGUGGUGAAGACGAUGCUGGAGGAAGCAAUGGAGGACAACCUGAAGCAUGAAGAGUGUGACAGUCAUUCCCACAGCUCCAGCGACAAGUCUGACUUUGUCAAGUCUGAGUUUAGUGAUAAGAGUAUCAGUGGCCAUGAGUCGGGAGACGAGAUUGAUACGACCACAUCAUCUGACAUAGAGAUCAUCUCCACACCCACACCUAACGGUGAUGGGCAGGGGCGUCUCUUUGAUCUCUCCCCACUGAAGAUCGCACUAGCGAGGGCAAAUAGCCGGGGCAGCUCCAAACAUAGGCGCAGUGACAGUCAGUCCAGCUCCAGUACAAACAGUAAACCAGAACAGCUCAGCCCUGGACGGGAUAUGGAGUUUGCGGAGGAUGGUGGGGACACUAUGAUGGAUUUGAGCGGGCACUUCCACCGUGGUGCUGCUCCUGAGCAGGGGCAGACUAUGAGGAGCUCACACCUAAUGUCUGAGGAAACAAAAAACAAUCCUUACGAAACAGAAAAGCUACUAAAGGUGUCUGCAUGUUACCAGGACUUUCAGAGUCAAGAUGCUACUGGUGCACCUGACAUGCCUGGGACAGCUCAGACAAAGGAGUGGGCACAGAAAAUGGCAGAGAUGGCUGAGGUAAUAAACGCCAGAGAAAAUAAACUGGUGCAGUUAAGCAAAGAAAACAACGAUCUCCUUGAGGCUAACAGCAUUUUGCGCAAUCAGCUGAAGCAGUCUGAAGAGGCACAUGAGUUAGAGAUGGAGGAUGUGAAUGCACUGACGGAGGAGUUCACCCAGAGACUGGGUGAGGCCGAGAGGAAGCUGCAGAUAUCAUUAAAGGAGAAAGAAAGUCUGAAGAAGCAGUUGGAGAUUACUCAGGUGGAAAUGGUGAAAAAAGGGGACACCUCAAAAUUCCAGAAAAUGAUGGCAGAGAAGGAUGAACAAAUACAAGAAUUGUUAGCAGAGGGAGAGAAACUGUCAAAACAACAGUUACAAGGGAGUACGAUUAUUAAAAAACUCCGCUCCAAAGAGAAAGAGACUGAGCAGCUGGUCAAGUCCCAAAAACAAAAGCUGGAAGCUCAGAGUUCAGAGUUGCAACAUCUGAAACUGGUUUUGGAUUCAAAAGAAGACAUGGAAAAGAAGCAGACAGAUGCUAUCAGUCAGUUGAACAAUGCUGUACAGCGUCAGGAGAAGGAGAUUGCCAGGCUAAAGGCUGAGCUAGAUGAUAACCAAGAGAAGAUACGAGGGAUGCAGACUGCGCUUGACACCUCCUACAAGGAGAUCGCUGAGCUGCACCGCGCUAAUGCAGCCAAAGACAGCCAGGCGCAGGAAGUGGCAGUGAGUGCAGAGAUGCAGGCGCGUGAGGAACUGCGCUUAACAGUGGAGCGUGAAAAUCAGCGCUACCAACUGGAGAAGGAAGGCCUUAUCAUGCAGAUUGAAGACUUAAGGAUCAGUUUGUCGCGUAUGGAGAAGGAGCAUGGGAGGAGAGAGGACAUGUUGAGACAGGAAAUCUCUGACUUACAACAGAGGUUACAGGAAGAUGAGGCCAGAAACCAGGAGCUCACUCAGUCUGUUACCUCAGCGACUCGCCCCCUCCUUCGUCAGAUAGAGAACCUCCAGUCCACCUACAUGGCCCAGUCCAGCUCGUGGGAAACUGUGGAGAAAAACAUCACAGAGAGGCUAGGUGAGGCUCAGAUGCAUUUAGCCAUGGCUACAGAGAAGGAGCGAGUGGCCAGUGAGAAGGUACUGGAGUUGACAGCACAGGUAACCACACUAGAGGCUCAGAACACCCGGUACAGACAAGAGAAAUCUCAGCUGACCGCUCAGAACGAAAUGCUCAAGACCAAAGUAGAGAUGCUUGAAGAUGGAAAAAACAAUGAGCGUGCACAGAUCGAGACGAUCCAGCAGAGUCUGAGCCAGGAGAUCAGCGAACUGAAGCGAGAGAAGAUGCUUCUGGAAAAUCAGCUUGAGAUGGUGAAGACCAAGACAGAAAAUGAAAAGAAAAAGGUGGCAUUACUCCAGGAGCAGCUCAAAGAAAAGGAAAAAGAGCGUCCACGAUCCAGAGGGACGCCCUCACCUGCCCAGUUGAACCGACAAGAGAGUAUCCCCAGUAUCCCUGACCCCCUCACUCAGCUGCCUGCCUUCACACAGGAUGAGCUGGUGGAGAGGAGCCUGAUGAUGACCCCUCACUCUCCUAAUGGGAACAAGAUGACACUGUAUGAGACACUAAGACAGACAGGAGCAGCUAAUCUGCUGGAGAGCCUCACAUCACAGCUCAAACAGAGGGAAGGGGAGAUAACACAACUACAGAGUGAGAUAGAAGGACUGGAAAGGACGAGAGAGUCGAUGGCACGAGAAUUGGUGAACCUAUCUACCCAGAAUGAUGACCUCAAGGAUCAGAUAGAGGGUCUGCCCCAGCUGGAGGCCAAGCAUGCGGACUUGGAGCAGAGAUAUAAUGCCCUCCUGCAGAUGUAUGGAGAGAAAGUGGAAGAGACAGAGGAACUGAAAUUAGACCUGCAGGAUGUGAAGGAACUCUACAAAUCACAGAUUGAUCAUUUGAUGAAAGGUCACUGACAGUAACUGUUGGACUUCUCACAGUUAUCUCCCCUUACAUGUUCAAUGUCCCCCCAAUCUUGGCAGUGGUGCAGCAGAGUUUUGAAAUCCUACAGGAUACCCUGGCAUUUGACAGGCAAUUCCAGGUCAUGCACAAACUGACGCGUUGAUGUAAAAUUUGGCAGAGGUUUUAAAGCGUGUGCAUGGUGUGAGUUGUGAUGAAGCUGUUUGCUGAGAAUAUGGCCUGUGACACUUGAUUUGUUUGUAAACUUGAGGGAGUUACCUGAGCUAGGGACAUAUUCAGGUUAUUCUUUAGGGUACAUUCUGAACUGUACUUCUGAACGGAGCAUGGUGUAAACAGUGAUUUGUAUAGAUGUGAUGUAAAUAAGUUGCUGUGUGGGGUAGCACAACCUUCUUUAUAGUUGCAGGGCUCCAUUCUGUGAUACACGUACCUACAACCUAUCACAUUUUCAGGUGUUGUAGUGAUCAUUACCAUUUGUGAUAUUUAACACAUUUUGCACAUAUUCACAGUCCAUGACUGAAACAUUGAAAUAGGCCAUAUAUGUGAAGGGUGUGGCCAGCUACAAGAAUUCAUCUUUUAUUCUUCGUCUUGUCAUAUGCUUUAUAUGCACCUGUGGUACACAACUAUUUGGGGAGAGGGGUGCGACUUGGAGGGGACGAAAACCUUACCUUUAGGGACAGGAAAUGCUGCCAGGUAGAUUACUUGAGAAAUAGCAGGGCAAACUUCAGUAACACUGUUUACCUAUUUUUUGGGUGGGUGGCCUUAACCACAUCCACAUCAGUCCGGAACCUGCUAUGAAGUCUAUUACUCUAAUCUGCAGGAAUGAUUUAUCAUUAGAAAGCUAAUUAAUAAAUCAUUUCAUGCCAAACCUCUGAAGAAAAUUGUAAAUGUGGUGAACCAGAAGAUGGGGAGGUUGGUAUGCAAAUAUAUGUACUAUUGGACUAAAAUUGUACCCUGUGGGAUUAAAUUAUUUUAUUGAAUAAAAUGCCAUGGUUAAAAAACA